UGCAUCUGCAUUUCUGUUAUUCCCAUUCUUUAAGUUUUCCACCUUCCAUUUACCACAAUCACAAUGCAACAAUAACCAUUCGGGUUGACUCGCGUGCCCAAGCCACGACUUUCACUCAUCCGCUCACUCAUCCGCCCCGACACGCAUCCCCAUCUUCAUCGCACUUUGGACCACACAUCAGUUAUUCCAAGCAAACCUUGGCAUCGCUGCCACCAUAAUGACACUUGUGAUCAAAUUCCUGUCUAGUAUUAGGGGGUUCGUUCUCGAGCAAAAUGGCGACGAACUUCGCAAUUGGCUCAUGGUCGAACAUGACGUCCCCAGUAUUUACUUUGAGAUGAGCAACGAGCUCAAAGGGGGCUUCCCCAUCAACUCGCCAGCUCUCGAAAACCUGAUCGAUAAAAGUCUCCCGCAAGAGGACAAUGUGCCGGAGGGGAAGGGAUCCCCAUGGCCCGGCUUCAACUCGUUCAUCAAGGAGUACCUAGAGUACUGGCGCGACGUCGACUUCGCUGAUAUUGUCCGCUUGCAUUCCCGGCUCAGCGACCUUCUCAACUCCUGCGCAAAUGCUCUUGCGAAUCCCACAUAUGGUACUAUGCUGUUGCAGACCAGCAUGUCGCUUUCUGAAUCGCUGUCCAAGUUGGUUAUGAACCUCACUCGGCAGACAGAUCUGCUUGCGCAGAUCCAGGGUGACAUGACGGGGGAAGAGUCGGGCGAGAGGAAGUCUAUUGUCGAGCUAGCGGCCGACAUCAUCCAAAAGAUCUUCACUUCUUGUCUAACAGACCGCUCCAGCACGAGAUGGUCGGAGCCGAAAGGGAAGAAGGUGGCUGUCUAUCUGUUUGCCAACCUCACCUUGAAAUUACUUUUCGCCUGCGACAAGAGUCGGCUCGCUGUACAAAUGUUCACCAAUCUCUCGACGAGCGGACCAGCCCUUUCGCUCUUCCCAGCAUCCCAACGAGUCACCUUCCUCUACUACCUCGGGAGGUUUCAUUUCGACCACGACCACUACCUACGAGCCGAAAUGUGCCUCGCCGAAGCCUACCGCGAAUGCCUACCGCAAUUCCAAAAACAUCGCCGACAGAUACUCACCUACUGGAUCCCCGCCAACCUCCUGCUCGGCCGCUUCCCCUCCUGGGCCCUUCUCCAACGGCCCGAAGCGGUAGGGUUCGCCGAUAUCUUCUUCCCCAUCUGCGCCGCCAUCCGCUCAGGGAACUUCGUCGCCUUCCACCAAGCUCUAAACCUGAACCGAGACUGGCUCUGGGGCAAGGGUUUCUACAUCACAUUUCUCUACCGCCUGAAACCCCUCGUCUGGCGGUCCUUUACCCGGAGGAUAUUCCUAAUCACCUGGCAAGGCACCGCAGGCGAGGGGGGCAACCGCGCAGCCUCCCUGUCCUUCGAAGACCUAGUUACCGCCGCAGGAUACGUCCAAAAGCUUUUAGAAGGAUACGUGCCCGCAAAACCGGCGGCACGGCCGCGCCCGCAUAGCGUAAGCAAGCUUCUCGUCAAGGCUGUCACCAACAGUGCCGCGGGCGAGGCGGACGCGGACUCGCUGCUCAUGCCGCCGCCCGGCGGCCCCCGCCGUCUGAUGCCGUCCGAGGGGCUGAUCUUUGGCAACAAGCGACCGGACCUCGAGAACAUGGAGUCGGUCGUCGCGGGGCUUGUGUAUUCGGGUUUGCUCAACGGGUUCAUCGCCCGCCAGCAGAAGCGCUUUGCCGUCGAGGGCGCUAAGAAAAAGGGCGGCAACGCUGUCGCGGCGGGGUGGCCCAAUCCCUACGAGAGCAUAUUAGAAAGGUUCCAGGAGGCUCACCAAGACGCGCUGGAUGCGUGCGAUGCUGGGGAAGGCGUAGACCCGCCUGGUGAAAUGGACGAUGUCCCCGGCUGGGUGCGCACUCCGCCCUGAGUUUGACGGAGUAAGAUAGAUAGGAUGUGUGCGGCAUUAGCCGGUCUGUACCACCGAUGUCUUGCUCUCUGGCAAAGGAGGAAUUUGGAUAUUUAAUCUGCCGACGUUGUCUCACUGCGACCCUCCCUUGAAUGACAUUUUAGAACCAGGUUAUCUAGGUCUUGCAUCUGUUUGCGCGUCUAAAUCUCCUUUCCUCACAAAACAACGCGAGCAGGCGGCUUACAAUCGUCAAUCGUUUUACUUUCA